UUCGUAUCAAUAAUUGUCAUGUAAAUCCAAUAUGGCGACGUAGAAAAGACGUCGGUUUGUAACCUCAUGAAGUAGAACUUGCUUUUGUAUUUACGCGUAAUCGACCUUCAUUCCUCACGCGAGGUAUCGAGGCUUUGAGCUUCGCCAUCCACUCUUCUAUGGGUUGUGGGAGUUCAGCACCAGACACAGUUCACGUGACUCAUGUUCCAGCUCAACAUAAUGUCCGGACAACAACCACAACACACUAUGCCACACAACCAGUGGUACGUGGUGGAUACCCCCAGCAGGGAUAUACCAGGCCGGCCCCUGGAUAUCAGCAGCCCUAUCAGCAAGGUCAAGUAGUACAAGCUGGCUACGCCCAACCCAACACGGUCGUCGUCAACAACAACAACAGCAACUCCAAUGACUUAAUGGUUGGAAUGGCAGCAGGUGCCAUGAUGAGUAAUGCCAUGCACCGCCCUUACUACGGUUAUGGAGGAUACCACCAUGGUUACCAUGGCUACCAUGACCAUGACGUUCAUAUUCAUCACCAUGAUUAUGGUGGGCAUGAUCACUACGACGGAGGUCAUCAUGAUGGCAUGCAUCAUGACUAUGGUCAUACCUAUGAGGGAACAGAGCAUCAAGCAUUCGAUCAGGAUGUUGGCGUGACAGGGGGAGGGUGGGAUGACGGCGGGGGAGGCGGAGGGUGGGAUGGCGGCGGGGGAGGUGGAGGAUGGGAUGGUGGUGGAGGAGGAUUUGAUGAUGGCGGGGGAUGUGAUUGAGGGAACUAUAAGAAAUACCUCGACAAUUUUUAUAUAUUGUACAGUAUUAGUUAGAUUAUUAAUCAAAUGGUUCCUAAUUUUGCAGUGGACUAAA